CCUAAUCGCUUUUAGCUCCACCUCAAACAGGACUUGGGCAGAGGAAUUUGUUAGCACGGUGUGUGUGUGUUGUGUGUGCGCGCAAGAGAGAGAAGUGGCCUCGAAGAGUCAGUCCCUCUCUCCCCCCCGGGACAUGGAAUGAAUACAAUGCCACAGAGAUGGCGUUAACAGCCAGGGUGCAGAGGAGUGGGUUACUGGAGGUCUUGGUGCGGGAGGUCUGGCACCGGGUGCUGGCCAGCUUGAACGAGGAGAGUCUGAUCCUGUGCUGCGACCAGUCGGCUGAGCCCGCGGCUUGGAACGGAGUGGCCAACGGAGACCACUGCAGCCCCAGGGCAGCGGGCGUCCGCAAUGCCCUCGCCGAGCUGCCCGACACCAUCCCCGACACCAUCAGUAACAGGAAGAGGAGCGUCAGGGUCAUCAAGCAGGAGGUUGGAGGCCUGGGGAUCAGCAUUAAGGGAGGCAAGGAAAACAAGAUGCCAAUCCUGAUCUCGAAGAUCUUCAAGGGUCUAGCAGCUGACCAGACGGAGGCUCUGUACGUGGGCGAUGCCAUCUUGUCUGUGAACUCUGUGGACCUGCGCGACGCAACACACGACGAAGCGGUCCAAGUGUUGAAGAGAGCUGGGAAAGAGGUACUCCUGGAGGUGAAGUACAUGAGGGAGGCGACUCCAUACAUCAAGAAGACCUCUCCGGUUUCGGAAAUUGGAUGGGAAACCCUCCCGCCAGAGUCACCCAGGCUUGGCUGCACCGCCUCUGAGUCGCCCUCCACCCCUCCGUUCUCCCUGCGCAUCGAGUCCAAGGACAAGAGGAGCAUCCCGCUAAAGAUGUGUUACGUCACCCGAGGCCUCACGGUCCCAGAUCCAGAGAACAGGCAGUUUGAAUUACAUUCCCCUGACUGCAAGCAUACGGUGGUCCUGAGAUGUAAGGAUACCUCUACAGCUCACGCCUGGUUCAAUACCAUUCAGACCAAUGUCAACAGCUUGACAUCCAACGUCAUAUCAGAGGUCAAGGAUCAACUAGACAGAACGGGGAUAGCUGGGUGCCGAGAGAUUUGUCACAUGGGCUGGCUUGCGGAAAAGGCAAUGACGGAGGCUGACAAGAAGCCCUGGAAGCCAGUGUUGGUGGUGCUCACCGAGAAGGACAUGCUCCUCUAUCCCAGCAUGCCUCGCUUGAAGGAGGCCUGGCUCAGUCCAGCUCGCACUUACCCACUGCUCGCCACCAGGUUGGUGCACUCUGGUGCAGGGAGGGACUCCCCACAGCCAGGCGCUGAUCUCUCCUUUGCCACUCGGACUGGAACUCGCCAAGGCAUCGAAUCGCACCUCUUUCGGGUUGAGAACAACUCCAGCCUCUCUGGCUGGACCAGGCAAAUCGUACAGGGCUGCCACAAAGCAGUGGAACUCAUUAAAGAAGUUACAACCACGUGUACAUACAGGACCCAGGAGUGCUGCCUGAAAAUCCACUAUGAAAAUGGGUUUUUUAUCCUGAAAGAGGCUCAGGAAGGAAACUUGCCAAAGUUAAUCUGGCAAUUUUCCUUUGAGAGAUUAAAGAACUCCUCAGAUGAUGGAGUGAGAAUGCUCUAUUUAGAUUUUGGUGGACGGGACGGGGAAAUUCAACUGGAUCUUCACUCAUGUCCAAAACCCAUUGUUUUCAUCAUCCACUCCUUCCUCUCUGCAAAGAUCGCACGACUGGGCUUGCUGGCUUGAGGGAAGGUGAAAUUGCUCAAUGAAGGAACACGUCUCGGAAAGGGGUCAUUGUUCAGGAACUGUUGGAUAUCUCCAGAGGGUGGAGUGCAGCUGUGAGGAAUGGGACAUUUAAUCUUUAAUAGAAUCAGACAAAUAGUUUAUUUAAUAGAGAAAAGAUUUGUAACAAUCCAAAAAUGAAUUUUAAAGGCACCUUGCUGGUUUUAUAACAAGAAACUUUGAAGUCUUUUCUAUACUGCAGUCAGGAGUCUAAUAAAUGUUCAAUCGUCAUUGGGAGAAAACCAUAAUCUUCUCAGUCAAAUUUACAAAACUAAUGUCUGUAAUAUUAUGCCUUAUUCUAUUUUCCCACUGCAUUAUUGAAGAAACACUCAUCAUUUCAGACAAUGAAUAUUAUUUCUAAUUUCACAGUCUCUAACAAGGCUGUUGCCAAUUAGAUUUUAUAAAUAUGUAAAAUGAGAAUUAAGUUUUAAAUCACAUUAUAUCCAUAUUAAAAAAAUUGCAGCCAA